AUGCUCGAGAGGAGUGCCCAUGUCUCUGUCUCGGCAAUAGAUAUCGCCACUCUGAGUCUUCGCGACCAAAUAGCUACGGUCGCGCAUAGUGACAUACUCGUAACCUCCCAUGGUGCUGGGGCCACUUACGUUACGUUCCUGCCUAAGUAUGGCGGCUACCUUGAGCUGUGGCAUGAUAGACAAGCCAACGACAACGAAUGCCCUAUAUGGUGCUUGUUUAAUCAUCUAGCCCUUUGGUCCGGUAUCCGUCAUGUUGACAAUUGGAACCCUCCUCAGUCCUACGGCUUUGGUUCGAGGGCCUUCCCGGUUGACGUUGAAACGUUGCGCCCUCAAUACACCAGAAUGGUAGAGAAUGUGAGAAAAUCCAAGCAGCUCUUCAUCAAUGAUCUCUGUGCUUGA